GCAAAAUGGCUGGAGAAUUACAGGGAUUAUUGGAAAACACUGAGGAGGAAGACUCUGAAGGGAACUUGAGGGAGCCAGACGGAAUCAGGAGGAAGGAGGGAAAUAACACCGAAGAGAAGAGAAAUAAACUCAUUCCUUUCCAUGAAAUCCCAGUCCAAGAAGAAAGUCGAACUGAAAACAAAGGGAACAAAGGCCCCUGUUCUAAUCAGAGAAUCCAGUGCAGGGAAAAAGAAAAUGAAAGGGUGGCUUUUGGAAAAAUCUUUGUUCAGAAAAUGAACAUUGUUUCCCAGGAACAAAUUCCCUCAGGAGAGAAACCAUAUAACUGCUCUGAGUGUGGAAAGAGCUUCAGUUGUCAAACAGCCCUUAUUUUACACCAAAGGAUUCACUCAGGGGGUGAUCAGGAGAAUCAGGAAGAUGAGGAACUGCAUGAGUCACCAUUGCGCAAAACCAAAUGUGCAGACUUGAAAGGAAGCUUCAGGAAUCAAGGCAGACCCAAGAAGCAGAGAGGAAUCCACCUGGUUCAGAUGAUGGAUCAACCCACUGUUUGCCAAGGACAGGAUUUCCAUGAAAUAAUUCAUUUGGCAGAGAAACUGUACAAAUGCUUGAAGUGUGAAUUGGAAUUCUCAGAUCAAACUCAAUAUAAUAGCCAUUUGCAAAAACACAAUGGAAAGAAUAUCCCUAAAUGUUUGUGGUGUGGAAAGAGCUUCAGUUGUAGACCAGAGCUUCUUAGACAUCAAAGAAUCCACACAAUAGGGAAACGGUAUAGCUGCUCAUCCUGUAGCAGGAACUUCUCCCAUAAAGCAAACCUUAUUCACCACCAAAGGAUUCAUUCAGAAGAGGAGCCAUUUACCGGCUCAAGAAACAUAAGGAGAUUCUCUGAUGAAAGAAAAGGUAGUGUACAUUUUCCAAAGCAUAAUAGAAUGAAGUCAUAUAAAUGCUUUCAGUGUGGACAGUGCUUCAGAUCCAAAUCUCAGCUCCUUGUGCACCAAAGAACCCACACAGGGGAGAAACCAUUUGAAUGCUCAGAGUGUGGAAAGAAAUUUAGUCAGAGUGGCAAUCUUCAACAGCAUCUAAGAACCCACACAGGGGAGAAACCUUUCGAAUGUUCAGAGUGUGGAAAGAAAUUCAAUCAGAGUUGCCAUCUUCUACAGCAUCAAAGAACCCACACAGGUGAGAAACCUUUUAAAUGCUUAGAAUGUGGAAAAAGUUUUAACUGGAGUGUUAACCUUCAACGGCAUCAAAGAAUCCACACUGGGGAGAAACCUUUUGCAUGCUCAGAGUGUGGAAAGAGUUUCAAGUGGCGUGUCAGUCUUCAACGGCAUCAAAGAAUCCACAUAUGUGAGAAACCUUUUGAAUGCUCACAGUGUAGAAAGAAAUUCAUGCAUGGUUGUGAUCUUCAGUGGCAUGAAAGAAUCCACACUGGGGAAAAACUUUUUGAAUGCUCAGACUGUGGAAAGAAAUUCAGCAGGAGUUUCAAUCUUCAACAGCAUCUAAGAACUCACACAGGGGAGAAGCAUUUUGAAUGCUCAAAUUGUGGAAAGAGAUUCAUCCAGCGUUGCAAUCUUCAACGGCAUCGAAGAACCCACACUGGGGAAAAACCUUUUGAAUGCUCAGUGUGUGGAAAGCGAUUCAUCCAGAGUUGCCAUCUUCAAAGGCAUCAAAGAACCCACACAGGGGAGAAACCAUUUGAAUGUUCAGAGUGUGGAAAAAGCUUUAACUGGAAUUUUGCUCUUCAGCGACAUCAAAGAAUUCAUACCGGUGAAAAACCUUUUGAAUGUUCAGAGUGUGGAAAGAGAUUCAUUCAGAGUUUUGCUCUUCAACGGCAUCAAAGAAUCCACACAGGUGAGAAACCUUUUGAAUGUUCAGAGUGUGGAAGGAGAUUCAACUGGGGUGGCAGUCUUCAGCGGCAUCAAAGAACUCACACAGGGAAAAAACCGUUUGAAUGCUUAGAGUGUGGAAAAAGAUUCAAACAGAGUUGCAAUCUUCAGCGGCAUCAAAGAACCCACACAGGGGAGAAACCUUUGAAUGCUCCAAGCAUAGAAAGAAAUUCAGUCAGAGUUUCCAUCCUCAAGAACAUCAAAGAAUCUACCCGAGAGAAACAUUUUGCAUGUUUAGAAUGUGGAAAGAAAUUCAGUCAAAGUUUCCAUCUCCAGCAGCAUCAAAGAACCCAUACUGGGGGAAAAUCUUUUGAUUGCUCAGAUUGUGGGGAAAAAUUCAGUCAGAGUUUCCAUCUUCAAGAGCAUCUAAGAAUCCACACUGGUGAAAAACCUUUUCAAUGCUCACAGUGUGGAAAGAAAUUCAACAGGAGUUGCUAUCUUCAGCGACAUGAAAGGACCCACACAGGUGAGAAACCAUUUGAAUGCUCUGAGUGUGGAAAGAGCUUUAAAUGGCGUUUCCAUCUUCAGCGACAUCAAAGAAUACACACAGGGGAAAAACCUUUUGAAUGCUCAGAGUGUGGAAAGAAAUUUAAUCAGAGUGGCCAUCUUCUACAGCAUCAAAGAAUCCACACAGGUGAGAAGCCUUUUGAAUGUUCAGAGUGUCCGAAGAGUUUUUCUCAUAGAUUCUGCCUUCAGCAGCAUCAAAGAACCCACAUGAGGAGAAACCUCAUAGCUGCUAAGCCUCUGACCAGAGCCCAUCUCAGAUUUCAUACAUUAACGGCAACAGUAGAGUCCACAGAGGUGAAACCAUAAACACUCUUAGAAAGGGCUUGCAUCUGCACAAAAACUUUACCAUAACCAUAGAAACAAACAUGGGAGAACAGUAUAAAUGCUUGGACUGUGGAAAGAGCUUCACCAAUGAUUGCAGCCUCAAAUAAAUCUCAAAGGGAAGAAAACAAAGAUGUGCUCUGAGAGUGUGGAGGAGAUUCAAGACCAGCUCUGUCCUCCUUAAGCACUGAGGAAUCCACAUGGGAAGAAAUGACAGGAAUGCUCAGUAUGUGGCAAGAGCUUGAGGCAGAGGUCAUGUCUUCAUGUUCUCAGUGAAUCCACACAAGGAUGAAACAUUCCUAUAGUUAGUUCUGAGAAGGCUCUUUUUUAUUGUCCAGGUGUUGAGGGCUCAGGCUGCUGUGAGCUUUUCAGGGUCUCACCAUUGGGAGAUGCUGAAUUAAUUAAUUCAGAUCCAAAGUUCAGAGUAGCCCCAAACAAUAUCCAGCAUCCUAGAACUGGGUUGGGUACCCUUGGCAUGUGGAAGUGAAUGUUUUGAAAUAGGAAUCAGUCCCUCUUGAUUCUUUAAAACAGCAUCAGAAAGAAGUCAGAUACCCUUUGUGUGUGUUUGUGGAGGUUUUGUACAGGGCGAUGAUUAGGAAACGUUGAAAAUGUUAAGUCUUAUUUAAAAGUGUGUUAUUUGUUUUUAAAACCUUGGUGUAAAUGUGUCAAAAGUCCUAUUGCUUGGGCUGAGCACCUUGUACCACACUUAACCCUCAUGUAUUAAGUUCAAGAGCCAGAUCGUUGGACUACAGCUGGGUGGAUCUGGGUUCAAAUCCACAUGUGGUCAGUCACUUUCUGAGCCUAGGAUACUUCACAGGAUUGCUGUGAAGAAUAAAUAGUGUGAGACUCUUGCAAGAAA